GGUGAACCUUCUUAGUCUGUCAAGGUGCGCGAACAGGUUCGAUCAUUUGCGAAGGAAAGUUCAGGUUAUCUCCAACGUAUACGAAGAAAAUAUACAAAGAAAUACCGUGACUGUCAGCAAGUUACGUGUAUACUAAAUAAAGCUGAAGAAAUGCCAUUUUGGAACUUUAUUCAAAAUUUAUUUGGUUUAGAUAAUUCUAAAGAACCUACCAUCAAAGGAUUUUUUGGCUAUCAAAAUAAUGACAGCUUUAAUGAUUCAUUUUGGCAACAUAAUGAAGAUGAAUGCAAUGUUAGGUCUUCAAAUUUGUAGCCCAUUUUGCAGGAGGAAUAGCCAAUUUAAUGUUUUUAACGACCCAUUUGAAAUGUCACGAUAUUUUGAAUCUCAAAUAGAUCAUAUGUUAAAGGAUUUCAUGGUUGGAUUUGCUAAUGAAGGAUUUCAUACAUUUACAAAUUCAACUCCAUUCAUUUCUCCACAUCAGGAGAAUUUGCGUGAUAAAAUGUUGAAACCCAAUUGUGAUAUUUUAAGUCCAGCAGUACCAAAGAAGGAUUCAGACUUAGAUGGAAAGAUUACUCCAGACAAUUUCUCUAAAGUUUGGGAUAAGCAAGAACCAAUUCUAGUACAAGAACCUAAACCAUUCAUAACUGGAAAAUGUAUAACAAAAGAAUAUGUGCGUGGACCUGAUGGCACUGUAAAGCAAAAACAAACAAUUCGAGAUCAUGAAGGAAAUGAGGAAACAACUAUAUCACAACGCACUGGUGACAAAAUAUACACAGUUGUUGUAAAAAAGGACAAGAAUGGAGUAGAAACCAAAACUGAAAAUUUUAUCAAUACAGAUGGUAGUGAAUUGACAGAUGGAAACUCGUUUUUAAAAAAUGAACCUAGCUUCAAUAAUAUUGAUUUAAAUUUCUUUUCUUGGGAAAAGUUCUUUAAUCCCAAUCCAAAAUUAUAAACAUGUCAGAUAUAAUUUAUUUAGAAAUUGAUACAUUGUAAAAUACUAAUAACUGAUAUUGUUAAAAUUGUAUAGUUAAAUAAUUUAGAAUAUAUAUAUAUAUACAAAUGUAAUAUAUAAUAAAUUUAUUUAACAACUUCAAUUUAUUCAGUUUAUGGAAUAUUUAAGAAUAAGAAAGGCAUAAAAAAAUUGUUGGGAUGGGAUGAUGAUUUGGACACACUUAUUUCAUACAAAUAAAAUAAUUCGAUUUAAAAAUAUUUCAUUUAUUGUACAAUAUAACUGUACAAAUAAAAAAGUUUGGACUGAUCAAUUACAAUCCUUGUGUUUAGUCGAAUAAACC